GGUGGCAAUCAAGGCGGACCGAGACCACUGCGCUCAUUCCAGUUCUAUGCUGCCGCUGGGGUCCUGUUGCGCUGUCGCCUCCGUCGCCUGGGUCCCUUCGGCCGUGCCUCUCCGCGGGGGCAUCCUCCCCCACCCCGGGCGCAGACACCAUGUACGGGUUCGUGAACCACGCGCUGGAGCUGCUGGUGAUCCGCAAUUACGGCCCGGAGGUGUGGGAGGACAUCAAAAAAGAGGCACAAUUAGAUGAAGAAGGACAGUUUCUUGUCAGAAUAAUAUAUGAUGAUUCUAAAACUUAUGAUUUGGUUGCUGCUGCAAGCAAAGUCCUCAAUCUCAACGCUGGAGAAAUCCUCCAAAUGUUUGGGAAGAUGUUUUUCGUCUUUUGUCAAGAAUCUGGUUAUGAUACAAUCUUGCGCGUCCUGGGAUCUAAUGUCAGAGAAUUCCUACAGAACCUCGAUGCUCUGCAUGACCACCUUGCUACUAUCUACCCAGGCAUGCGUGCACCUUCCUUUAGGUGCACUGAUGCAGAUAAGGGCAAAGGACUCAUUCUGCACUACUACUCAGAGAGAGAAGGACUUCAGGAUAUUGUCAUCGGAAUCAUUAAAACGGUAGCUCAACAAAUACAUGGCACUGAAAUCGACAUGAAGGUUAUUCAGCAAAGAAAUGAAGAAUGUGAUCAUACUCAAUUUUUAAUUGAAGAAAAAGAGUCUAAAGAAGAGGAUUUUUAUGAAGAUCUUGACAGAUUUGAAGAAAAUGGUACCCAGGACUCACGCAUCAGCCCCUACACCUUCUGCAAAGCUUUUCCUUUCCACAUAAUAUUUGACCGGGACCUAGUGGUCACUCAGUGUGGCAAUGCCAUAUACAGAGUGCUUCCCCAGCUCCAGCCUGGCACUUGCAGCCUUUUGUCUGUCUUCUCUCUGGUCCGUCCUCAUAUUGACAUUAGUUUCCAUGGGAUCCUUUCACACAUCAAUACGGUUUUCGUAUUGAGAAGCAAGGAAGGAUUGUUGGAUGUAGAGAAAUUAGAAUGUGAAGAUGAACUGACUGGGACUGAGAUCAGCUGCUUACGUCUCAAGGGUCAAAUGAUCUACUUACCUGAAGCAGACAGCAUACUUUUUCUGUGCUCACCAAGUGUGAUGAAUCUGGACGAUUUGACGAGGAGAGGUCUGUAUCUCAGUGACAUCCCUCUGCACGAUGCCACACGGGACCUCGUUCUUUUGGGGGAACAAUUCAGAGAGGAAUACAAACUGACCCAGGAGCUGGAAAUUCUGACAGACAGACUGCAGCUCACAUUAAGAGCACUGGAAGAUGAAAAGAAAAAGACAGACACGUUGCUGUACUCCGUCCUUCCUCAAUCUGUUGCCAAUGAGCUGAGACACAAGCGUCCUGUGCCUGCUAAAAGAUAUGACAAUGUGACCAUCCUCUUCAGUGGCAUUGUGGGCUUCAACGCGUUCUGUAGCAAGCAUGCCUCUGGGGAAGGGGCCAUGAAGAUUGUCAACCUCCUCAAUGACCUCUACACCAGAUUUGACACACUGACUGAUUCCAGGAAAAAUCCAUUUGUGUAUAAGGUGGAGACUGUUGGCGAUAAGUAUAUGACAGUGAGUGGUUUGCCAGAGCCGUGCAUCCACCAUGCACGAUCCAUUUGCCACCUGGCCUUGGACAUGAUGGAAAUUGCUGGCCAAGUUCAAGUAGAUGGUGAAUCUGUUCAGAUAACAAUAGGGAUACACACUGGCGAGGUGGUCACAGGGGUCAUAGGGCAGAGGAUGCCUCGCUACUGUCUUUUUGGAAAUACUGUCAACCUCACAAGCAGGACAGAAACCACCGGAGAAAAAGGAAAAAUAAAUGUGUCUGAAUAUACAUACAGAUGUCUUAUGACACCAGAAAAUUCAGACCCACAGUUCCUCUUGGAGCACAGAGGCCCAGUGUCCAUGAAGGGCAAGAAAGAGCCAAUGCAAGUUUGGUUUCUAUCCAGAAAAAAUACAGGGACAGAGGAAACAAACCAGGAUGAUAACUGAAUCUUGGACUGCGGGAGGAAGACUGGGAUUAGGUUCCGGUUAUCCCCUAACAUCUGGCAAGCGUAGGAGCAGUUGUUACCGAUGGAUACAAAUUCUUGUUUUGUCUUUUUCAGUGACCCCAAGCCUAUCUCUUAGGUAUAACUUUCACUACUCAUUACUCAACUUUCGCUCUGCUUUGGAUUCUUUUCAAGGUUUAAUACAUUAUCUAAAGUUCGGCUUAAAUGUGGAUGAUAUGUGCUUCGUGUGUCUUAAAAUCUACUACAAGCAUUACUCAACAUGGUAAUUUGUAAGUAGUAGACACCCAAUACGUAUUUGUUGAAUUUAGUUAAAUGAAACUGAACAGUAUUUGGCCUUGUGUAUACAGAUCAUGGUUGACCAAAUCUGUCUCAUGCUUCAUAUAUAUGUAUAUGUAUAUUUUAAUGACUAUAACAUAUAACAAACUUUAUAUCAUGAUGGUGUAUAGCAUUAUAGGAAUCAUUUUCUAAAGGAGUGGAUUGUAAGUUUUAGGGAGAAAAAAAUGAUUUAUUUUCAGACUCCCAAAGUAAUAAUUAGUAUAUCAUGCUAAGAAUAUAGGGACUAUUUUGAAGUGUGUCAAUUUCCCUUCAGAAAUAUAGAACACACGUGUCUGUUGUUAAAAUAUUUGGAUGCUUAUUCAAAUCAUGUGGCAAUUAUAAUUCCUGUAAAAUGCUAUUGUUUGUAUUGUAGCCCUUGUAUUAAAUCUCAUUAACUACACUCAGUGGUCACAGAAAACUGCACUCUUCCCCCGUGAGCUAUUACAUUAGCUUGGGAUACAGGUUCAGGACUCUAACCACUUCCAAGAAUACAACUGGGACACUCUGUCAAUCAGAGCCAUUCCUGGCCUUUUAUUCUCAGAAAUGAACUUCUUUUUCUUAGUUCAGAAGGAUGUGAUUAUCUGUAGGGCAUCACGUUCAGAUAACUUAGUUUAAUUGCAACAACCAAUGCAUUCCUAUUGGAAUAAUUGGCCUGUUCUUAAAUGUCUCCAUAAUUUAUUGAUAUCUAUCUUUACAAAAUAUAGUGCAAUUACUUUUGUGUAAAAAUGUUUGUCUUUAAAUUUAGUAUUUCAUAUCAACACAUCGAUAUAUGUAUAGACGUUCCAUGUUAAUGUAUAAAAGAAUCUGCAAUAAAUUAUUUUUUCCACUUGUCUCUUGACAGUUUUUACAUCAACAUACGUGAUAUGAAUGUUGUCACUUUAUUAAUGCUAUUUUUGUACUUACAUUUUAUGAUUUUACCUAUUAUAAAUGUAAAAUCAAUUUAGACUCAUUGCUGUUAUAAAGUUCAAUGCUCCUCUUAGGCAUAUUCUAAAAAGUGAUUUUUCUUUAGAACUGACAAAAUGACAGAAACAAGACUAGCUCUGGCAAGGGAGGUGGAGGAGGGAAGGAAUAUACAGAUUAAUAUGCAAUGACAGCAGCUCUUGAAGUGCUCACAGCCUUUUAGGAAUGAAAGACACAUAUACAAAUAAUAAAAAAAAGUGUGAUAUUUGUAGUGAUAAAACAUACCCAAGAUAAGGAAAAGACUACAUAGAGAAGGAGAGGGGAGAGGGACAACAGAGUGGGGUGAGAAGGUACGGAGGCCAGUUGGAUUUUAUGGAGCUCUAGUUUAAAGACGAAUGGAAGUAAGGACCUGCAUCUCCUCGUAGCUGUGGAUGAAAAAGGGGCCACAUACUAAACCUGUCAAGCUCAGGGAAGGCAUGGCAGGCCUCAUAAACUCAGAGACUGAAAUGAACCACAUUGGAUGGUCUGAACAUAAAAAUUCCUAACUAAAGGCAGGGCAUGGAGGGUAGUCACGUCUUAGGCCUGUAGCUUCUUUGACAAAGGUCUGUCUUUAUCAAAGGUUUGUAUACUGUGUUUUUGCAUCUAAGAUAACAUACCUUUGAAAUGUCAGAGUAAUCUUUUCCUGAUCCUCGGGGCACACCCACCUCACCAGAGCAAGAGGCCACAGAACCCCUCAUUGUUAUCUUGUUCCUAGAAUCCCACCCCCAUGUGCUGUAAAUGUUCAGUUAAGUAUCCUGUACCCACCGUGUAAAAGAAGCAUUUGUCUCUCCAUUUUUCUUUUUAUUCAACCCCAGUGAUUGCUUUGCUUUGCUUUCUCCUGCCUCCCUAAUCUACCACCAAUGGAUUUCAUGUAUCCUUCCUAAAUCUCCUCCUUUGAUUCUAAUGUAUAAAAUAAGUUGCAAAUGGCCAUUCUCCAAGUGUUUUCCCAGUUCCUUGAAAUUUUGCUUCCCAGCAACUGUGGUCAUUUUGGCUCAAAUAAACUCUUGUUAAGACAUUUUCUUAAACUGGAUGCUCUUUGGUCCACGUGGCCUACAUGCAGUGUCUAUAGUUUCCUGUGUAACUCUCAUAUGCAGAUGUAUUCUAUGCAUCAAGUUUGCUUUGCAUGAGGCCAUCUUCCUAAUUCCAAAGUUUAGUGAAUACCAAUCAGUCUGUUUCAUUGGCCCCAAUAACUACUGCAUGCAGGCUUUUUAAAAAAAGUAUUAUUCUCUUUUUAUUGUUUCUGUGAAAUUCUUUCCCAAACAUUUUUGUGUGUGAAUAUUUGAAAAAAUAAAGAAAAGUUAAAGGAAUUGCACAGGGUACAACCAUACACCUGCCACUAGAUUUUAUAAUUAUUAAAAAUUCACUGUAUCAUGACAAUUUCAUUUUCUAGCUUUCUCUAGUCUGCCAUAUUCAAAAAUUUUUGAGAUACAGUUCAGAUACUAUCAAAAAUCACUUUUUUAAGGUGUCCAAUUCAAUGGUUUAGUAUAUUCACACGGUUGUACAACCACCUAAUUACAGAAUAUUGGCAUUAUCUUAAAAUUACAUCCUAUACACAUUGCCAGUCACUCCAAAUUAACCGCUUCCCUCAGCCCCUGACACCCACUAAUCUACUUUCUGUCCCUAAGAAUUUGUCUUUUCUGAAGAUUUUAUAUUGUGAUAUUGUCACUUGUAAUAAAUUAUAAUAUAUUUGGUC